AUGACGAUGAAUAAGGAACCAGAUGUCUUGGCAACUCUCGAUAAGAUUAUGGCACUUUCGAUUCGGUCCUGCCAGUCACCAACUCUGCUUGACGGAACACCGAGGAUCACAGUCACUGCAGAGAGGCAGGCUGUGAAAGAUGGGAUCCUAACGUUUCUGACGACAACUGCUGAGGACGCGGAAGUUCGGUCGUACCAAAUGAAGCUUGGCGGUCAACAACCAGAGUUUCUCCAGCUUGCCAGCAUAGACAAGCCUUUGGGCAUGUUCAGUGGUACAGAAGUUUCAUUGGAAGUCAGCGGAGAUUGUGACCUGCUCGUUCGCCAUGUCCAAACCUACCUGGACCGGCUUGCCAUUCUAUCCCCGAAGACUCUCAUCGAGGUGCAUCUCGUUGGGUUCGAUCAGACGCCGGACGACGAAGAUGACAUGAACGCAAAUUCCUUCGAUAAUGAUGAUUCAGCGGUCGAGAAAAUCUGCUACGAUCAAGCUGCGCACCUCCCCAUCCAAGCAUCUAACGUGGAGCGCUUAACUUUUGGCGUCGGGUGGAGCCGAAGGAUGGAAUAUGAAAGAGGGGACUCGAGGGUCCUCUACUUCCACGACUUUGCACCGGACGAGAUCCCUCCCUCCAUUUUCAAGGGCUUUGAGAAGGUCGAGUGGUCCAAGUACGGAUGCGUACUCGCCGGUUUUGCACAAUUGGGCCCGGGAGAAGCGGUGCUGGAGAUCAAGGGGCCCUCGAAAGAGAAAGCUCCCCAGGUCUUCUCGAGCUUCUAUCAAACGAAGAUUCGUGCUUCCAUCCCCGAUCUGGCUACUUCCGUCUUCUCCAUGGUCAAGGGGUCUUCAAACGGUGACUUCCGGUUGGAGUGCAUCAGAAUUAUGGGACUGAACGGCGUAGAAGACCUGACAGAGAUCUUCGAGGCCACUCUUACCUCUCGCUUGAACGACAUCGUGGGUCGCCUCGGUCACAGAGCGCCAGCAGCAAGCAGGAGGCAGAUGCACCGAAGUGGCGCUCGGCGAGGGUCGUCGCCUGGUGACGAACACGUGGAUGAUGAAGGCCAGGAUAACAGCAGUGAGACUCAGAACGAGGAGGUUACGAUGGAGACAGAGGAGGAAGGUAACGCACAGAUGGAGGCUGAUAGGAGUGGCACGAUAUGGGACUUUCUUUAG